UGGGUGUGUGUAGCUAGCAUACAUCUCAGAUGAAGCAUCAGUCUGCCUUUAAACCUCGCCAGUGUUUCGUUCGCCUCAAUGUAAAGUGCUCCAGCACACGCACUCCCACGGCAGCCACCCGCGCCUCGGCACACAGACAGCUACUGAAGUGAAGGCGGAUGAUGAGAGGCUCAAGUCGCUCCAAGCACACGCAAAAUCUGGAUCGAACCGUAUGCAUGACCAACUGUCCCACCCUGAUAGUCACAGUGGGCCUGCCUGCCAGAGGAAAGACCUACAUAUCCAAGAAGUUGACCCGCUAUCUCAACUGGAUUGGAGUGCCCACCAGAGAGUUCAAUGUAGGGCAGUACAGAAGAGAGUAUGUGAAGAUCUACAAAUCCUUUGAGUUCUUCCGUCCAGACAACGAGGAGGGGUUGAAGAUCAGACAACAGUGUGCUUCUGCGGCACUGAAUGAUGUACGACAGUACCUCACAGAUGAAGGAGGCCAAGUAGCGGUUUUUGAUGCAACAAAUACUACCAGAGAGAGGAGGGAGACCAUCAUCCAGUUUGCUGAGCAGAACAGCUUUAAGGUGUUCUUUGUUGAGUCCGUUUGUGAAGACCCAGAUGUCAUUCAAGAAAACAUAGUGCAAGUGAAGCUUGGCAGCCCUGACUACUCUAACUGUAACACAGAGGAGGCCGUGGAAGACUUCAUGAAGAGGAUAAAGUGCUAUGAGAACUCAUACGAGACUCUUGAUGAAGUCCUGGACAGGGAUCUCUCCUACAUUAAGAUCAUGGAUGUUGGCCGGCGCUACCUGGUAAACCGUGUCUUGGAUCACAUUCAGAGCCGGAUCGUCUAUUACCUCAUGAAUAUCCACAUCACACCACGCUCCAUCUACCUGUGUCGCCAUGGCGAGAGUGAUCUCAACGUCAAGGGGCGAAUCGGGGGAGACUCCGGCCUCUCUGCCAGAGGCAAGGAGUUUGCUAAGUACCUGAGCCAGUUCAUCCAGGAACAGGGCAUCAGUGACCUGAAAGUGUGGACCAGCCAGAUGAAGAGGACCAUCCAGACGGCGGAGGCUCUUGGUGUGCCCUACGAACAGUGGAAAGUCCUCAAUGAGAUAGAUGCGGGUGUAUGUGAGGAAAUGAUGUAUGAGGAAAUCCAGGACCAUUAUCCCCUAGAGUUUGCCCUGAGGGACCAGGACAAAUACCGCUACCGCUACCCCAAAGGAGAGUCCUAUGAAGACCUGGUGCAGCGGUUGGAGCCGGUGAUAAUGGAGCUGGAGAGGCAGGAGAACGUGCUAGUCAUCUGUCACCAGGCUGUCAUGCGCUGCCUGCUUGCCUACUUCCUGGACAAGACUGCAGACGAGCUGCCUUACCUCAAGUGCCCAUUGCACACUGUGCUGAAGCUAACACCAGUGGCCUACGGCUGUAAGGUGGAGUCAAUCAGCCUAAAUGUGGAUGCAGUCAACACUCACCGAGAAAAACCAGAGAAUGUAAAUGUCCAUCGUACAACUGCAGAUGCCUUGCAGACCGUCCCAGCUCACUCAUGAUCCGGCUGCUGAGCUCAAGCCCAAUGGGGUUGAAGUUGGACACAUCUCUCUCUACUUGCCUCUCAAAGAACCUUGUCGUGGUCUGUUCACCUUCCCCAGUCUGCACAACCCACUGACACUGGUGAUUGGUUUAUGGGGCUUCCUCUCACUUAUGCCCCAAGCACACUUUUCUCUCGCUCUUGCUUGUCUGUAAGAAAGGACUCAGUACUGUGAAUUAUCCAGGAGAUAAGCUGAACAUAACGUGUAUCGUAUGUUUGGGCCUCGGAGUCUGUAUUUGAAAGUUGCCUACUUCCUCAGAGCCAGUAGACUGCAAAGCUGAUAGUCUGUUUGAUAGAAGGAAUACCGUCUUGCACAACAGGGUUUCAAACACGGCUCGUGAUGUAAUCCUUGCUUCUUGUUACUGUAUUUUAUUUGGUUUCACUGUGUUAUUUGUGUAUGGCAACAAUACUGAGAGGUUACAGUAAUUUAUUUUUGUUCAGUAUUAGCUGUGAUUCUUUUAACAAUCAUCGUGAUUAACUUUGACACGUUUGUGUCCCUGUAUUGUCCAAUCAUUUUAAAUGAAGAUGCCGUUUAGUAUGUGCAGUUUUAGUUUCAAACCUAUAUAUGCUUACUAUGAAGGUACUCCAGUUGUAUUGACUGAUUUGAUUAAUCAACGGUAUAAAAGUUUGAUUAUCCCCUAGUGGCAAUUAUUGUGGUAUAGCUGUUGUUCUUUUACAUUGGUUUGUAAAAUGGCUGUGAUGUGCAGCUAAUGAGUUGUGUGUCCUGUUCACGGUGACACGCUGUAGGGAAGAUAAUUAAAAAUGUUAAUCUUUCACACAUGCAUUCAAUGAAAAUGAAACAUGCCCACGUUUUUUUAUCAAGUUGUGAACACAUCUGAUUUCAUGAAUUUUUUUUGCAAUGCUCAAUAAUUAAAAUCAGUCGUUGCAUGGGUCAUUACUUCAAAAUGUGUACCCCUGCCAAGCUGCAAGAUAAUAAAGAUGUGUUAUUUUUAUACACA